UAGCAGAUGAACUCGAGAAAUGGAGAUAUGACAGAGUAAUAACGACUUAUUACAUGUGCACGAUUAAGUUAUUACAAACGUUAAGUGAUGGAGGACGGAAACAGGACUGAUGCUGCUUCCACAUCCAAGAGCCACGCAGGCUCACUCCACCUGCAGACUCCAAAAAACGAGGAUGCCUAUGAAAUUGCCAUCCCCUAUGAGGAGAGCAACUUUGAGCAGCAAGGAUUUUUCAAUCAGAGUGAUCAGAAUUUUGAUGAUUCGCCCCCAUCGGCUGGCCCUUCUCCAGUCAACAACUCAUACAUGGUGAUCACAAACCUGCGGACCCAGCUACAGAUCUCUCUAGAGAAAAACUCCUGGCUGCAGAAAAGAAUUGAGGACCUGGAAGAGGAGAGGGACUUCCUCCGUUGCCAGCUGGACCGCUUCAUCUUUUCCACAAAGAGCCAGGGACAAGAACAGAGUCAGAGCCAGUACAGUAAUGGUUAUGAGUCCAGACGAUUCAACUGGAGGGCAAGAAGAGAGGAAGAUCGUCCUGCUGAGCAACAGAAGUCAGAUGCACAACAUUUCCCCUCACGUCAGUUUAUCCAGCGAAGGCCUGGACCUCCAACUAUGGUGCCUUCCAAAAACCAUGUCUCCAGUCCACUAACCAAUCAGCUUGCCUCUAUGAAUGCAUUGUUCAGCUCUACACAGUCUCAAGCCCUCUUGCAAGGCCAUAGCCAUAGUAGUCCCAGUACCACAGCCAGUGGCAGCAGUGGCAACAGCAGUAGUGCUACAAGGUCGUCCAUGAAUGAAAUGAGUGGACAUGGCAAUGUGGGUCCAGAUUCCCUUUCACUUCUGGGAGAAUCUGACGAGUACUUGGAACAGGACGCCUACCUUGAGGAGGAAGAAAUGAUAUCAGGGGAAGAUGUAAUGCCAGAUACCAUUAACAGCAACAGACACCCGUUGAAGAGAAGGCGAGUCUUCCGAGCCCCUAGAGAGCGGCAGAGAGUGAAAGAUGCUGCUGGAGUGCUGUUUCGCUACAAGAAAAUCCUGCUCACAUACCAGCGUCUGAAAAAUAUGUCCAAAGCCUUCCAAAUCCAUGGUGUGGACCGCAACACGGUGGCUUCCACCACACCCAUUGCUGAGUUGCUACUGGUGGCCCCAGAGAAGGUGGCAGAGGUGGGCGAGUUUGACCCAUCCAAGGAGAAGCUGCUGGACUAUGCCCGGCGCUGCUACACUGCCCUGGAUGAGGAGACUCUCAGCAGGGUGCAGGCCCUAAAGAAGAAUAACCUGCUCCUGCCCAUCUCCUACAGGUUCAGGCACUGAGGGGAGAAAGACAGAGGGAUGGAAAGUUUCUCUAAAACAGUGGCAUUGGUGGUUAAGUGAGUAGAGGAGAGGCAGUUGGGUUCUCCUGCAGCAGGGCAGCUCACCUCCGAGGCACAGAAAUGUCCAGAGGGAUGAGGAAAUUUAUUAAUUCACCGUCCUGGAUGUGGCCAUGUAGGCUGCAGCUGAGAUCUUUGCUUCUCAGACAAACUUUUCACCUCUCACUUUUAUUACCAAUACAGAACAGGUGCGUCAAGUUCUCUUGACAAAUUCUCACCAUCAUUCCACUAAUAUUGAGGAUGUGGGGGGUGCCUGCUGCAGCUGGAGAGGGAAAAGACAUGGUUUUCAUUUCUCAAAGAGCAAAAUAGCAUGUCUGUGUGAUUCAGAAUUUGUGAACAAGAAUGUGUCUUUACUCUUAGGGUUAUAGAGGAGAUUGCUUUUCUGCAGUUCUUAAAUGAGUGUAACCAACAUAGCUCAUACAUGUUUUGGCGUUUAGGUUUGCAGAGACGCACAGACAUUUUCUUUCCUGAACUAUCUGACUCAGUUUGGAGCCACUGGCUCAUUAACUGAUUGUCUAGAUCAUUUCAGUCAGUUCCUGACAUCCUAAAUGAUUUAUAAGCACAGCAGUUUUUAUGACUUUAUUUGUGUGCAAUUUUGACAUGGUCCUAAAAAUAUGGUAAUCAUAAUCUCUGUGUAUGUUCAAAUGACACUGCACACCAUAGAUUUUGCCAUAGUUUUAAGAAAUUGUCACCAAUCCUUUAUGUUUAUAUUUCUCAGUGUCAUUAUUCUAUUAUUUUUUUUAUUAUCAAUCAAUCAUUUUCACUUGCCUUAAAUCACAAUUUUUGUGAUUUCCUUGUGUUGGAGAUAUAACUGUUCUUUUUCACUUUCACUGUCUGAAACUCACUACAUUAGAAUCUGGUCAUUUGGCACUCUCUUUUCUGUCUCCAUGAUCCUGGCAACAAGAGCUACUUGAUUUCAGUUAAAAAUCAAAAACAGACACACAAAUGUUGGUGAAAUUGAAUGUGUUUGCCUCAUAAUAAUUAGGCCAACUGCUGGUCAAAGGCCCGGUUUUAACAACAGUACUGCUGCAUUACUCUCUUGUUCCACUAUACGUUGUACCAACCCUUUUUGUAAUUACCUGCACUAAAAAUACUCUAAAUGUCACUUCUUAUGCUUCUGAUAUUGAGGCUCUUGAAAUGCUUUUGUGACAGUAAUACCUUUUGUAAAAAUGUGGUACAGAGCAUUUACACUACUUAUUACUAAAAUGACUGUUUGUAACAUUGUGUAACUUUUGGUUCCUUGUGAAAAAUUGUGGACAUUAAUCAUACAAACAAUUUUACUGUGUGAGUUACAGCAUCAGCGAAAGCAACUAGCUUUUGCACACAGAGGAUCUGUUAUUGCUUCCCAGUGUCCCGCUACAAAUGCAUGUGAAAAGAGCUCUUUGAUGAUUCCUAGCUAAUAGAGAUCUUGUCACAAUUCAUAAUUUUCAAAGCAGCAGACACAUUGUCUAUAUUGUAUGAUAAUGUAUGGUGUUUAUGCCGGUGCAGUCAAAGAUCUCUUGUAUCAGAACAGAUUAGGCUACAGUGGAAUACAGCAACUCUUGGCUUCAAUUUUCAUUCUAGACCAUUUUCAUGGUACACAGAGACGGGUUCUCCAGUUUGUGUGUGUAAUGUGCAGUGCAACUGCUAAGCAGACCUUGCAAAAUCAUACCAGGGUGCAAUUUAUUUUUUAAAUAAUCUAUUUGUAUCAUUUCUGUGUCUCAUAUUUAUGUAUAUUGAGUGAAAUGUGUAUCUCACUUAAUGCCAGUUACUCACCAAAUGUGUUGAGAUUCAAAUGUAAUUGACACAUUUGAUUUCCUACAAAUAUGUAGAUUUAUUAAUCUGUAGAAUUGAACACCAUCCACUCACUGAAAACAAAUGCUUAUGAUUCACAGACUGUACUGUUAAGACAGAAAUGUAAUUAAAACAUUUGAUUUCUUAUAAA